UCGUUCUAUUGUUAUUAUCUAUCUUAUUUUGUUUCUAUUGAUUUACGUAGAUUGUGCUCUCCAUCCGAAGAAGGCACCAGAACUUAAUCAUUUGCAAAGAUAUUCAACUCAUCACAAUUACAUUAGGCUGGCGCCUAUUCUUAGGGCUAUAAGAGAUGGAGGUACUCAUAAACACUACCUGGCUCUUAUUAGUGGCCAUGGGAUUACUAAACCAAUGCCAGAACGCAGAUGGAAUCUUAUGGGUGGUCAAACCUGAUGCAUUCACUUACGGACCACAAGGGACUAACAUCAGCAUGCGAUGGAAUUAUAAACUGGAAACCAAUGAGGUGUUCCUGACUUCUGUAAUAAAUUAUAAAGGCGUUGACUUGGCAUCAAGGCACCCAGGUGAAAACAGCUAUGCCAAAUAUGUAGGGUAUCAGAGUAUCUCCUUUAGUAUCUCUGGAGCUGAAGAUGUUACCUUAACCAUCCAUAACGCCAAGGUAGUUAACAAUGGCAAGUUCUGUUGUGAAGUCGACUACAAAUCAAAUGAGGGAAAACUAAAGAAAGAAGAGUGUACCACGCUUUUUGCAUACGUGUUGCCAGUCAUCACCUCUCAAACKCCAGACGUGUCAUGUAAGCAACGGGAUGUAAUCAAGCUACAAUGCAAUGCUACAGGAUAUCCACAGCCAUCUGGCGUGUGGAUAUACAGACAAACCCACAAGACAAUUGCAAACUCCUUCACGACUUUACUAAACAUUGUUAACAAACAAUCAGAAGGCACCUACUGCUGUGAGGCGACAAACCGGUUUGGUAAACAAACUAAGUGUUCGUGGAUUAACGUAGUAGAAUAUGAGCCACAGAACACUACCUUGUCGUCCCAAACAUCAUACAUUAUUAAAAACAAGGGAUUUCAAGCACAAUGUGCUGCAGAAGCUAAUCCCGCGCCAUAUUACAUAUUCAAGCAAAAUAAUACGAAAAUGCAGAACUCAACUAAAGGUGUGUUUGUGAGUGGCACUUUAACUGGAGACGAAGCUGUUCAGGUCAGCUGUGUUCCAUGGAACAAAUACGGUUUGGGACCAGAAAGAAAGAUUGUUCUUCCAGUGGCCGAGAAGCCAAAGUUAAGGAAUAACCUGCGCACAAGUUACAACAUGACAGCCAAAACUAGCAUAACUCUUACAUGUAGAGCCACAGGAAACCCAGCACCAAAUAUUUCAUGGACUAAAGGAGAAAGUUCAGAAGUUGUCAGUGUCAAAGAAUAUUAUGAGGUCGACUAUGAGUGUUCCAACGAAACCCUCGUUUUCUAUUGCACUGCAAGUAAUAUUGCUGGUAGUGUAAGAAGUCCUCAAAUUAAAGUGCAAACUGACAGAUGCAUUAUUCCACGGGAUAAAAAGGUUUCACCUAUUUAUGAGCCACCUUCGUUUGCCAAUGAUCUGGUCACAAACUACAGCUUGACUACAAAUAGCAUAAAUAUCACCUGCAAUGCUACAGGGAUUCCAAAGCCAAGUAUCACAUGGACUAAAGGAGAGAGCAAUGAAGUUAUCAGCUCCAAWGAAUACUAUGAGGUUCCUUUAAAAAAUUAUGACAAAAGCAAGCUGGUCUUUUAUUGCCAUGCAAGCAAUGUCCUUGGGAAAGCAAGAAGCUCUGAAAUUCAAGUGCAUGUUAUGACAAAAGAUAAGGAUAUUGAAUAUUUAAAAGUUGGCCCUGACAGGAAAAAAUAUGAGAUUAUCGUUAUCACCGCUGUGUCACUAACUGUCGUCUUCUUGAUGGUCAUCGUGUUUGCGGUGAUUAUAAGAAUCUGCAAAACGGGAACUUCACGAAUUAAAGAACACAAAGAACCACCACACGUAGAGCAAGUAGACGCUGUACCAAUUAUCGUAAGUGGUAAGGUUGGAGAAGUAGUCCCUCAUCACGAAGGACCUGCACUACGCGACCAUUGAAGAGGUAGCGUACAAGGAGAAAAAGAAAAGCUUUUUUAAAAGAAAGAAAAAACCACCUGCAAAUGACGAAAAGGUUGAGAAGAAAGGUGGGGAUCCARUUUACGCUGUGGUGAAAAAAGAACCGCGUACAAAAGAAACAGUUUAGAUCGUUAUAAUGGCUGAGUACUGAUAUAUUUAACACUUCAUGCGGAAGAUUCGAUUUUUUGAUAAUGCUACUCGUAUGUAAAGAUAAUCAAAUUACGCUUUUGAUAGUUAGCAAAAAUAGCAAAAAUGAUUAAAAAAUCGGUCGAUAAUGAUGAGCAAKGUUGCUCAAUAUUAACAAACUAAGUUAAUCAGUUUUUUUAAUACUUUUAUGAAAUAACAACUACAUGUUCUUUGGGAAAAUGAGGAAAUGCAGUAGCAAGUUGGUAACAAGCUAUUGGUUCUUCCAAUAAAGAUAUAUUCAAAUUUACUACUCUAAUACUUAAUCAUUACUUCUUCUCACACCUAAACGGUGAGACGGUUAUCGACGUCAUCGCCAAAGCGUCUUGACAACUCGACAUCUGCCAUUGUUUURCUCACAUUGAUUGUUAGCUAGCAUAAUCGUCAGGCCGCUGGAAGGAAAUGCUUGCAGUUUUGUAAACARUUUAAAUGUAGAAUGUUUAAAAUAAAGUAGUUUCGAAGCUGUU